AUGGCCUCCCACCAGAUAGCCAUUGCGAAGGCCUCCUUCUCCGCGGGCCUCUUGCGCCCGGAUCCAUCAUCAGUCCCGCGCGAUGACAUUGCCGCCUUCCAUACGGCCCUCGACCGCGUCCUAAACCAUUGCUCCCCAGCAAACAUCCAGACCUGCAAAGCAUGGCUGCUCCACUAUGUCGCUUACUCCGCUAACCGCGUGGGGGGACUGGCCAAGUAUCUCGUCGCCCUGGCCGGCUUCUUCGAAGAACCGGCCGCCGCAGGUGCUGAUGCUAGUGCCGGUCCUAGUGCUGGCACCGAUGCUGGCCCUGGCGCUCGGUCCAAGACCUCAGUGAAGCGCCGGCGGCUCCACAUACUCUAUCUCCUCAAUGAUCUGUUCCACCACAGCAAGUACCACUUGGAUACCACGACCACCUUCUCCACGGUGAGCGGGUCCCUGCAGCCGUACAUGGUGGACCUGCUUGGGCACGCAGCCGCCUACGAUCAGCAGAAGCAUCCCCGGCACCACCGGCGACUAGAUGAUCUACUCGACAUCUGGUCCGAGCACGGAUACUUUGGUCCCGAACUAGUCUAUAAAUUGCGGGAGGUGGUCAAGAACUCGGCUUCCAUGGGGGCCGCCCCGUCUUCAUCAACCGAUGUCUUGAUCGAUGAGACCGAUGCAGCCAAGAAGCUUCCCGGGAAAGAGUUCCUGGCUGGUCCCGCUGACCAGUCUCUGAUCCAAGCUCUGAAAGGGUUCUUAGAGGAGGUUGAUCAAAUAUACGGCGCGGAAGAGCUCGUCAAGGAUGAUGGAAAUAUGGAUAUCGAUGAGCUAGGCCAGCGUGUCACCCGGGACGAGAUCAGCGGAGAGACCCUGGAUGGCGAUACCUACUACGGCUGGUCGCGCGCAUUCUGCCAGCAAAUGAAAAGGCGACCUGACCAAUCCCGCAGUCGCAGCCGAAGCCACAGCCGGUCUCGUGGUAGCCUCAAACGGCGACGGUACAGCGACAGCUCGCUGAGCCAGGGUAGCAGACGCUCUGACUCCUUAUCACGCAGCCGAUCUCGCACCGGCCACCGGGAGGCUCGGGGCUACGACUCACCCUCACGGUCGAGGAGCCGCUCCCGCCGCAGAUCCCGCACGCGCGAAAGCUCCUAUACGCCGCGGGAACCGUCACCACCACGCUUCCCGCCUCCCCAUCACCCCCUCGCAUGCUCCUCCACCUCCAAACCUGGCUGCCCAUCCACACAACGCGCACAAUGUACAUAA